AUGGGCCAAACAGAUUCCCAGGCUUCCGGCCAGGUGGCUCCACCUACUGAAUUCGAGCUUUUCAACGACAAGGUCGAUAUAGAGGCACUCCCGAUUUUCACGAGAUCGCAGUUGGCUGAAUAUAAUGGAACAGACAAACCAGAGAUAUAUGUCGCUAUUCGAGGCUAUAUUUACGAUGUGAGCAACAAUUCCAAGAGCUAUGGUCCCGGCAAGAGCUACCACAAACUUGUAGGGAAGGAUGUUACACGAUUGCUCGCUUUUAAUCGUUUGGUGAUGAAACCAGGUGCCAAUUCUAAUGAGGAAUCUAGCGGAAAGGGAGGUUUGGAAGAUACGACGUGGUACAGUGAAGACUUGAAUGACAAGCAGAACGAGGUGGUGGACAAGUGGAUCUUGUUUUUCCGCAAGCGGUACCCCAUAGUUGGAGUAGUUGUGGACCACGAGUUGGGCACUGACAUAGGUCAAUAA